GAAGGCUUCAAUAUUCUUCUAUACGGAGUCGGAUCUAAGUGCGAUUUAUUGCGGCGUUUCGGGAAAGACUAUCUGGCUGGAGAAAACGUCCUUGUUAUGCCAGGUUAUGAGCCGACUGUCGGUAUUCGACAGAUCCUGAAUGUGAUUGUAGAUGAUGUCCUGCAGUUGGAAAAUGCUCCCACUGCCAUGCUCAAACGCUUGGACUUAAUAGUCGAAUACUUUUCCCGAUCUGCGGCAGCCGGUUCUCCAUUAUAUAUACUGUUGAACUGCAUAGAUGGAAAGAAUUUUCGCACUGCCAGGGCUCAGGCGGUCUUAGCUCGUCUUGCAGCAGUUCCUCAUAUUCAUCUAGUUGCCACAAUGGAUCAUAUUAAUUUGCCCUUGUUAUGGUCGCAGACUGAUGUAACGCGGUUCUCUUGGUUGUGGGAGGACUGCACAACGCUGGAACCGUACUCGGUGGAGGCGGGAUACGCUCACAGUCAUCUCCUGCAACAAAUUCUUGCGGGCAACACGAGUGCCCAGCUGGUGGAUCGACACCUCUUCAUAAACGCUGCUGACGUAGACGUCGUGGCACUCACACGUCUUCGCCACUUAAUGGUCUCACUGACGCAGAAUGCUCGGAGCAUCUUUCGGUUGCUUGUUGAAUACCAAUUGCAAGCGAUUGAGGAGGCCGAAGACGGACCCCAGACAAAGUCUCUCAAGAAGACUAACAAUGCUAAAAAAUCCCAGAAGACGUCAAAUACAGCAACAGAAAAUGCGGCCGCCAAGGGGAUGCCUCUGGAAGAGCUUUAUUGGCGCUGCCGCGACGCGUUUUUGGCCAGCAACGAAGUCACUUUGAGGGCACAGCUGACUGAGUUCAAAGACCAUAAGCUCAUUAAAUUCUCAAAGAACAAUGACGGGUCUGAAUUGGUAAGUAUUCCUCUGGAUCGGGCCAGUCUCAAAGAGAUUUUAGACAACAAAGACGUUUUCGCAUGA